UGUCUGGGGGUUCCACUUUUCCCCAGGUCACGUGGUACUUGAGACACUGCUUUGGGAAGUCCAUUGUCAUUGGUGGACGGGCUGGUCUGCCUGCUCUAUACUUGCUCUACACAACCUUGUUCAUUCUGAGACACAACCAUGGCAGCCCAUGACAUCGAGAAGCAGCCUGCUGCUGCUGCCGAAGCAGGAGCUCCUCCGGCCAAAGGGCCCGGCGCAUCUGGCGGCUUCGUCGAUGCAGACGCGCAACUCGUCCGCGCGGAUCGGCUGGCGCGCAAGCUCUCUGCCCGGCAGGUGCAGAUGAUUGCCAUUGGCGGCACCAUCGGCACGGGUCUGUUCCUGGGAACGGGCAAGUCGCUGGCCACCGGUGGCCCGGCGUCCAUGCUUACCUCCUAUAUCAUCUGCGGUGCCAUCGUCUACGUGACGAUGCUGUCGCUCGGUGAGAUGGCUGCUUUCAUCCCCGUCGCGGGCUCGUUCUGUACUUUUGCUGGUCGUUUCGUCGAUGAUGCUCUGGGCUUCGCUCUGACGUGGAACUAUUGGUUCAACGAUGCUGUGUCCACGGCCUCGGAUAUUAUAGCCCUGCAGCUGGUUCUCGAGUUCUGGACGGAUAACUUUCCCGGGUGGGCGAUCAGUUUGAUCUUCCUGUUUGUGGUGAUCUUUCUGAAUGUCAUGUCGGUGAAGGUUUAUGGAGAGAUCGAGUACUGGCUGAGUCUGCUCAAAGUCGUCACCAUUAUUAUCUUCAUCAUCCUCGGGAUCGUGGUCAACUGCGGCGGAAACAAGGAUCACACCUACAUUGGAAACAAAUUCUUCUACACCGGAGAGGCUCCGUUCGUCGGUGGAAUCGGAGGAUUUGCCUCUGUCUUUGUCACCGCGUCUUUCGCCUACGGCGGCACCGAAUCCAUCGCCAUCACCGCCGGCGAGACCAAGAACCCCUCCAAGACCCUCCCGCGGGUCGUCCGCAACGUCUUCUGGCGCAUCGUCCUCUUCUACAUCGUCUCGAUCGUGCUGAUCGGCCUGGACGUCCCCUACAACUACCCGGGCCUCUCCUCCAAGACGACAGCCACCAGCCCGUUCACGAUCGUCUUCGUCGAAGCCGGCAGCACCGUGGCAGGCAGCUUCAUCAACGCCGUGAUCAUGACGAGCGUGAUCUCCGCCGCCAACCACGCGCUAUUCGCGGGCUCGCGCCUCCUCUACACACUGGCGGUCGACGGCUACGCGCCGCGGGUGUUCGGGCACCUGAACCGGUUCCAAGUCCCCUGGGUCGCCGUGCUGGCGACCUCGGUGAUCAGCGGACUCUGCUUCGGCGCCAGCUACAUCGGCGCCGGCCAACUGUGGUCGUGGCUUCAGAAUAUCGUCGGCGUCUCCAACCAACUCUCGUGGCUCUUCAUCGGCGUGGCCUCCCUGCGCUUCCGCGCCGGCAUCCGCCACCAGAACCUCGAGCACCUCCUCCCCUACAAGAACUGGACCUACCCCGUCGGCCCCAUCAUCGCGAUCGUCCUCAACGCCGUCCUGAUCCUCGUGCAGGGCUGGUCGUGCUUCAGCCCCAGCUUCCACGCCGUGGAUUUCGUCUCGUACUACAUCGAACUCCCCAUCAUGUUUGUCAUGUUUGUCGGGUGGAAGCUGUUCAAGCGCACCAAGUUCGUCCGCGUCGACCAGAUGGAUUUGAUUACGGAUCGGUAUAACCUGGCGCAUAUCGAGGGCGAGGAUGCCGAUCUUGCGCAUGGGGCGCUUGCAGCGGAGGCGCGGGGAUUCGAGGCGGAGACCUCAGAAGAAAAGGGAGGAGGGUUCCUGGCGAGGUUUAAGAAAGAGGAGAAGGGGUUGUUUGGCAAGGUGAAGCGGGUGGGCAUGUGGCUUUUCUUCUGAUUGAAUCGGUUCGGCGGGG